AAAAAAAAUUAGCAUGACACUUUUUGUUCUUUACUUCAGAAUCCCUAGUUAUCCCUUCUCAAAUGUUUGCAAGUAUGAACAUGCCUCACAGUGUGAGGAAGGGUUCAGUCUGGUGCCAUCCUUUAGCAUCCAUAGAGUUUUUGAAUCUGUAAACACUGUUGCAAGCACUGUUUUCUGUUCUUUUUGUGCCCCAUACUCUGUUACGCGUUUCCCAACAAGGCACCAGCUUGGACUUGCAGUUUCACAACAGCUUAAUGGCCAUCGGCAUCUCCCAGCCCUGAACGCACAACUUGUGACUAUGAAAAUUUCCCAACCACGAAGCUUCCUCUUUCAGAUCCUGCUUUGUGUUUUUUUUUAUUUUAUUUUUUAUCUCUGCUCACUAAGACGGCCCUCCUCUUUCGUCUGAUAAACCUGUGUAACAACCUUACCCCUCCCUCCUCUGCUGUCGUCCUCCUCUCCUCCCACAGUGCAGGAACUAAACAGAGAGGAAGUUUAGUUUGUAGUGCAAAGCUCACAGCUACAGCUACAGAGAUGGGCUCUUUUUUCCGGGGAGAGGAAAUGUGUCUGGUGCAGCUGUUCCUUCAGUCUGGUAGUGAAUACCAAUGUGUAAGCGAACUGGGUGAGCUUGGACUGGUAGAGUUUCGAGAUCUCAAUCAGAAUAUUAAUGCCUUCCAGCGUCGCUAUGUGUCAGAGGUCAGGCGUUGUGAUGAUAUGGAAACCACUUUUGGGUACCUAGAACAGGAACUGCGCAAAGCUGGUAUGAAGAUACCGGUCACCUCAGCUCCUCCACAUGCACCUUUGCCCAAAGAUGCACUGAGAAUACAAGAGGAAUCUGAGCAACUGACCAAAGAGCUAAGAGAAGUUUCCAGCAACAGACAAACUCUGCGGGAACGUUUGCGUGAGCUGUGUGAGUACGCCAAUAUACUACGAGAAAGUCAAAGGUUCACAGGACCACUGCCAGAGUCUGAGUCCUGGAGAGAACAAGCAGACACAGACCCCAUGAUUGACCCUACAGUAGCUUCCAGACACGACCUCAGAGUAAGUUUUAUGGCUGGAGUAAUUCACCCAUGGCGUAUGAAUUCCUUUGAACGUCUGUUAUGGCGAGCCUGCAGAGGAUAUCUUAUUGUUAAUUUUGUGGAGAUGUCUGAACCUAUGGAAGACCUUCUAACAGGGGAGAGUGUAACACAAAUUAUAUUCUUAAUAUCCUACUGGGGAGAUAGAAUAGGAGAAAAAAUAAAAAAAAUAGCAAAUUGUUUUCACUGUCACAUUUAUCCUUAUGCGGAAGAUGAAACAGUCAGGCUUGAAACACUGAGAGAUCUCUUGGUGCGGAUUCAAGACAUGCAAAAGGUGCUGUUCCAAACGGAGGGAUUCCUGACACAAGUGCUUAAUCAAGCAGCAUCAGUUUUGCAUCCCUGGAAAGUCAGUGUGAGGAAGAUGAAGCACAUCUAUCAGAUUCUGAAUUUGUGCAGCGUGCGUGAGCGAUGCCUGAUAGGUGAAGUGUGGUGUCCAGUUGCUGAUCUGCCUUUACUCCAGGGGGCCCUAGACCAAGCAUCGGCGCACAUUGGUGGAGGUGGAGAAUCAUUUUGUCAGAGGAUUCCUUGUUCUAUCAGUCCUCCAACCUUAAUUCGCACAAAUAAGUUUACCUCUGGAUUUCAAGAAAUUGUGGAUGCAUAUGGUGUAGCGAGUUACCAAGAAGUCAACCCUGCUCUUUACACAGUUAUAACAUUCCCAUUCCUGUUUGCUGUUAUGUUUGGAGACAUAGGCCAUGGACUCCUCAUGUCUUUAUUUGCCCUUUGGUUGGUUCUUGGUGAAAACAGUCCAAACCUUAAAAACCCAGAAAAUGAGAUUAUUUCCAUGUGCUUUGGUGGCCGUUACUUAAUUCUCUUGAUGGGAUUUUUAUCUGUAUACACAGGAUUUGUGUACAAUGAGUGUUUCAGCAGAGCAACUGUAAUUUUUCCUUCAGCCUGGAGUGUUGCUGCAAUGGCAAAUGAUAAGAACUGGACACCUGAGUUCUUGAAUACUUCCAUACCUGCUCCAUUGGAUCCCAACAUUACUGGUGUCUUCACCGCAGUAUACCCUUUUGGCAUUGAUCCGAUCUGGAGUCUUGCCUCAAACCGCCUCACAUUCUUAAACUCCUUUAAGAUGAAAAUGUCUGUCAUUUUGGGGGUUUGGCAUAUGUCCUUUGGUGUUUUUCUAAGCAUUUUUAACUACAUCCAUUUCAAACAGAAGUAUCGCAUUUUUGUGGUGACUAUUCCUGAGCUUCUGUUCCUCCUUUGUCUCUUUGGAUAUUUAGUAUUCAUGAUUUUCUAUAAAUGGUUUGCCUUUGAUGUAAGACAAGCACAGACUGCACCGAGUCUUCUUAUUCACUUUAUUGAUAUGUUCUUGUUCACCAAGAAUGCUGCUAAUAAAGAUCUCUACUUUGGACAAAGAACUGUUCAGAUGGUUUUGGUGGUUGUAGCUGUCCUGUGUGUUCCAGUUCUUCUCCUGGGAGAUCCAAUCUGUCUCUAUUUUCAGCACCGCAGGAAAAAAAACAUUCAACAGCAUGGGGGGCAGCAUGGCGAAAGCAGUGACCUACUGGCAGGAGAUGAACAUUCUAUAGAAAAUUCAGAAAAUGAGAAGGAAAUAGGGAAACGUGAUGGUAAAGAGUUUGACCCAGGAGAGAUUUUUAUGCAUCAGAUGAUACAUACUAUUGAGUACUGUCUAGGAUGCAUCUCCAAUACAGCAUCCUAUCUACGACUGUGGGCACUCAGCCUGGCUCAUGCACAGUUGUCAGAAGUGCUAUGGAAUAUGGUGAUGCAUAUUGGAUUAUCUAAGAAAGCCUUUACAUGGAGUAUCGUUAUGGUACCAAUCUUUGCCUUUUUUGCUGUGCUGACUGUUGCCAUCUUGCUGGUUAUGGAAGGUCUCUCAGCAUUUCUUCAUGCACUCAGACUGCAUUGGGUGGAAUUCCAGAACAAGUUCUACACUGGCAGUGGGUACCAGUUUACUCCGUUUCGCUUCGAGCCAGUCUUCUAAUUCAACAUCAUCAGUAUUCUUCUAAAGACUUGGUGACUAAAGGGAAUUGGCAUAUCAGUGGAUGCUACUGUGUACUCUUUUGCAAAAAAUAAACUUAUUUUAAGCAUUGUU